AUGGCGAAUGAUCGCGGUAGGCUUUAACACAGCUACCGAUUUACAGUGAGGGACCGGAUCCAAUGGCAAAAAACAUCUCAUUUUGCAUCCCGGAAGGGACCAAAAUGUCUCCAAACCCUUCCCUUCUCUAAGCUAAAAAACCCCGCUUUGAAGAGCCCGCUUUGAAGGAAAGCAUCACCUUCCGGGAUGCAAAAUGAGACGUUUUUUUUUUGCCAUUGGAUCAGGUCCCUCACUGUAGAAGGGCUCUUCUGUUGUACUGCUAUUUUUUGAAUUCAAUUUGGUACUGUUUGAUGCUUUUUCAUAGGUUUUGAGGCCUUCGAAGACUAUUCUGUGACUUUUUGGGCCCAAAUCAUCUUUGAGGUUUUUCGACAUUUUUGACACUUUUUGAUACUUUUUUGCUGAUUUAGAAGGGCUCUUUUUAAUAGUGUUAUUUUUUGAAUUCAAUUUGAUACUGUUUGAUGCUUUUCAUUGCUUUUGAGGUCUUCGAAGGCUGACUUUUUGGACCAAAUCAUCUUUGAGGUUUUUUGACAUUUUUGACACUUUUUUAAUAGCACUUCAAAACCUUCAAAAGGCUCUGUAUUUUAUGUCAACGCUUUACCUAACAUCCUGGAUCCAAUUUUGAUCAUAUUUAGCCCCCUCUUCCACAUUUCUCGGCCAAGGAAUGCAGGGCGGUGGAAUGGGUCCAAGUUCGGUGUUCUUAGGACAACCAGCGGCUAAUCCCGGCGAUUCUGGAGCUGGCGGCGGUGGAGGCGGCGGCGGAGGCGGAGCUGGAAGUGGAGGCGGUGGCGGAGGCGGUGGUGGAGGCGGUGGCGGUGGCGGAAAAGGUAAGUCCAAGGAAUGCUGGCCAUAGGCAUAUAUGUAUGUAUUUCCAUUUGCAGGAUCUACAUUCCUGGGCCAAGGGAUGCAAGGCGGAGGAGGUAUGUCCAAUGAAUCGUAGCCAUAGUUAUUUGUAUAUUUUUGUUUCCAUACUUAUUUGUAUAUAAAUAUUUUAUUUUUAGGCGGAUCCACAUUCUUGGCGCAAGAAAUGGGCGGUGGAAAAAGCGCUUACGAGCCGAAGCCGAGCGGCGGAGGCGGCGGAAAAAGCUCUGCAGGCGGCGGUGGAGGUGGCGGCGGAGGCGGUGGUGGCGGAGGUGGCGGAGGAGGUAAGUCCAAAAAACAUUGGCCAUAUUUAUAUUUUCAGGAUCGAUGUUCCUCGGCCAAGGAAUGAAAGGAAGCGGAGGUAAGUCCAAUGAAGCAGACCCAUGUUCAUAUUUGCAGGCGGAUCGAUGUUCUUGGCCCAAGAAAUGGGGGGUGGAAAGAGCGCUUACGGAGAUAAGCCAGGCGCCGAAGCCGGCAAAGGUGCUCCAGCCGGAGGAGCCGCUGCCGGAGCCGCUGGCGCUGGCGCAGGAGCAGCAGCCGGCGGAGCCGGAGGUGGAGCAGCAGCCGGUGGAGCAGCCGCUGGCGCAGGAGCAGGCGGAGCAGGAGCCGCUGUAGCCGGAGCCGGCGUCGUACCCGCUGGAGGUAAGCCCAAGGAAUGCUGUCCAUAUUUGUACUUACAGGCUUAUCACCGAUGUCCACAUUCGUGGCUCCAGAAAUGCAACCAGACACUGGAGCUGAAGGGGCUGCAGCUCAGGCUGCAGGUAAGUCACGAUUAUGUAGAUAGAGGGGUUUUGUUUUUACGGUAUUUUGUUUGACUUUUUGAUGUGUAAUGCACUUGGGUUUGGGCAGUUGAGAGGCCAGUAAAAAUGUUCAAGAAAGUUAUGGUAAAAGUUCCUUAUUCUGGCCGCAACUUAUAACUUUGCGGAAACUGGUCAGAAUUGGCCCAAAUUUGGCGUGAACAGGCUCAAUUCAUCGUUGUCAAUGCUCGGACAGUGGAUUUAGUUAGUGAGGUACCUUCUUUUUUACGUACCACCUUACCCUUCAAAAACGGCUGCAGCCUGCGAUUUUACACUUUGUACGAUGAAACCUGUCCGGAACUAAACUUAUUGCCUCCGUGUGGAACUAAAUGAGUCUUCAUAGCCUUCAUAGGUACCAUUAAAACUAUACAGCUACUGUAGUAAUUCAGUGCCAGCUAGGUCGUUUUUUUCCUAACUUUAUUUCCCAAGCUUGGGCGCAGUUCGCAGAGUGCCUUUGUUGUGGCCAAAAUAAGGGACUUCUCCAAAGUUAUUAAUGAGCCCUCAAGUUUGGUGUGAAAAUGGGCCGUGAACGCACAAAAAUUUAAGAUUCUUCGCCGUGAUACUUUUGGAUGUUAAUUUUGGAGUCUGCUGAAUGAUUUUUUUAACCUUUUUUUCAGGCGGUGCCGGAGGCCCUGCAGCUGCUGGAGCUGCUGCUGGAGCUCCUGUAGCUGCCGGAGCACCUGUAGGCGCUGGAGUUGCUGCCGCACCUGCUGGAGCUGUUGCUGGAGGUGCCGAUGCUGGUGGAGCUGCGGGUGCAGGAGCCAAAAGUGUUAAACAAGAAAUAAAGGGAGACGCCACAAAGACCCAGAUCAGCGUUUUAAAGAGCCCUGCAGCUCCGGCUGGAGGCGCGGCUAAGAGUGUCAAACAAGAAAUCAAGGAGGACGUCCCGAAGAGCCUCGUCAAAGGACCUGCAGGUACGGAAGGAGCUGGCGGUAACGGUAGAUGCCCGGCGAUUGGAGUUUCUAUUUUUGAUGACACAACUUCAACAGCGGCUUUGAGAUUUUUUCAGACGUUUUUAGGCGUAUCAUAUCAUAGAAUUUUUUAAGACGUUAGAGAAGCCUUUAACUUGCAUUGUCAUACCGUAUCUUUUCGUCCCAGUCCCAAAAAAGAAAUAACCAAAAAAAAACGUCUUUUCUCUGGCCGUUCUCUUCUUUUUGCGUACUCUCUCGGCCAAAAAGAUUGCGUAAUAUCUCCGCAACCGCUGCAAAGAAUCAGCUGAAAUUAUCAGAGAUUGAUUUACAGCCCAUGUAGAGAAAGUAGACCAAAUUUUUACUGUAAUUUUAUUUUGACGAUAAAAUGUUGUUUUUUCAGCCGCCGCAAAAGCCUCAACUCCUCAAGGGCAGACCUUAAAAACUGCAUAUCUCCUUCCAGAAACAGGUAAGAAAUCCCCCAAAAAUUUGAAUAUUUUUGGCGGGAAAUUUAAAUUUUUGAAAAUUUUUGAAAUUUUUUUACAGACUCGAAGAUGCAAACGCCCACAAAAGUUGGCAAAACUAUGAUGACGGAGAUGACCCAAGGUAGGUUUUAAGUUGGACUAGUUUACGACUGUAAAGCUGGAGCAUUGGUUUCAGAGAGGCCGCCGGACAUUGAUAUUGAUGCUGGAGCACCGGAUGAAGACGAAGGCCCGGAAAAGGGGAAAUGGAAGGGCCGCGGAAAUCAGCCGGAGAUGAACGAAUUCACGAGAGGAGAACAGAAGAAUCUGGUGGUCUUACCGGAGAAAAUCGUCUUUUCCUGUGAGUUUUGGCAAGAAAUUUUAAUGUGGGGGAUUUUUGAAGGGCAACAGGAGAUUUUUUGGGAAUUUCUUGAGCUUUGGUUCGAUUUUUUUGGAUUUGCGACCUUAAAUCGAGAGUUUUGCCUUAGGCAUUUUUUGUGUAAAAAUUCCAGUUUCCUCAAUUUUUGGGUCGAGUUUAUUUUUUAAAAGGUAUAAAGUAGCCUCUUGCAUUUUUAUAUCACCAUAAAAAUUGCCUCCUAGAUGGUUCAUUUCUGAGCCCAAAAAAUAAUGAAAAAUUUAAUUUUCAAAAAAAACUAAAAACACAGUUUUGUAGAGGAGGAAAAGAUGUAUCAAAUAAGUAUAUUCCCUUUGCCAAAAACCAAACCAUCCUUGUAAAAGAAAGCAAUGAAAAAAACGAACGAACUUUCUGGACAACCAAAUAAUUUCGCCUUGUCCUCCAUUUCCAGACCCCUACGACAAACCGCAGCUCAAGGACAUCAAACUGACCAACAAGAGCAAAGACAUUAUCCAGUACAAGAUCCUCGCGACGGUCCCGCAACAUUACCGCGUUCGCGGCAAGACGGGCGCUCUGAAACCGGGCCAAUCCACCGCCGCCACGAUCCGCCUGGAACCGCUGAAGAAUCCGAAGGCCGCCGCCAAGGAAAACCAUCGGAUCAUGGUGCAGACGGCCAAGGCCAACACUAUGAAUGUGAAACAGGAACAGUUCUGGAAGGAGGUGGACAUAAUCAAGCAUCGGAUGCAGUUCAUUCGGCUCAGAGUGGUGGGUUUUAGGAUUUUGAAGGGAUUUUUGAGGAUUUUUCGGUUUUUUGAUUUUUUUUUGAUUUUUUUGAGUUUUUUUGGGGUCGAUGAAGAUUUUCAGGGCUUUUGGGAGUUUCCGAAAAUUUUAAUUUUUAAAAAAUUUUUGGAUUUUUUUUGAAAUUUUUGAACUUUUUCGAAAUUUUUACGACUUUAGUUGAGAAUCGUGACUGUUUGGCGCUGCAAAAAUAUAUUUUUUUUAUGAAAAUUUAAAAGUUUAUUACCGUCGGAAAGCAAUAAAUAUCAAUUAUCUCCAAAUUUUUUUAGAAACUCCUCCUGGAAGGUCAAGACGUUAGAAAAGAUGGUUGUACUGUGGCCGCAGACGAAUAUGCCCCCCCAAAUGAGCAAGGAAUCAUUGUCGAGCCGGAGAAUGAGCUGAUCUUUAGAGGUGAGCAAAGAUAUUCUUACUUUGUGCACAGUGCGGAUGUAUAAAUUGACUGCACUGUGCAGGGGAAAUAAAAUUUGAUUUCACAGUGCCGAGAGGCUUCGCGAAAUUAAGUUUUGAGUUGCAUAGGGAGGAAGAGGUUUCAAAAUUUUUGCUACACGCAGUUUUGUCGCAGUACUGUAAUUGCACAGUGCAGAAUAUUCAUUUUUAUUUUUUACGCACUGUGCGCCGCGAAAAUGAAAUUGCACUGUGCGAACUUAAAAUGAAUUUUAAAAAAUGACGCCAUAAGCCCGGCAAAUGAUUAUGACGCCGUUUCAGGGCCAUUCAACGAGAUUGUGACCUCCGCCAUUUGCAUUAUCAACAACACGGACCACUUCAUGUACAUCAAGGUGAUGGUCACGAAUCCCGAACCUUUCCGAGUCCGUCCCAACUACGCCGUAAUCAAUCCUCGAGCUAUGCAGGUAUUGGCCGCUAUGGUAGAGCCCAUAAAAAGCAUUCCUCAGAUGCAAAAGAAGAAGAACAAGUUCAUGAUCGAGUACUCGGAGGCGGAUACUGGCGCCGUCGACCCCCCAACCUUUUGGAAAAAAUGCAGAAAGUUCCAAUCCGUGAAGCUCCAGGCUGUUUUCUGCGAAUAA